UUUUAGUCUACAUGCUUUACGAAAGGGGAUCUUCAUACGAAUCCCGACUCACCCAUACCGCCCCGCUGCAUAAACUUCUUGUGGAAUAUUUAGGUGUGACUGCUCUCUGCCUCAGCCUGGAAGAAAAUUAAACUACAUUUAGUUGAAAAAAGAGACUCAAAAUACGUCUGAAGCGGAAAAUAAAAAUGGCAGAACUAGCGGCCCUGCUACGUCAGGAUAUACCGGAGGGGCGGAGUAAUCUAGCCGAUAGCCAUACAAAUUUGGAACGCGUAGCUGAAUACUGUGAGGCGAAUUACUUUCAAGCUGAGAACAAGCGAAUAGCCCUGGAGGAAACUAAAAACUUCACAACCCAGUCACUUGCGAGUGUAGCAUAUCAGAUAAAUACCCUGGCGUACAAUUUCUUGCAGCUCCUAGAUCUCCAGACAUCCCAGUUAGCGGAGAUGGAGAGUCAGAUGAAUCAUAUAGCGCAGACAGUGAUGAUUCACAAAGAAAAAGUGGCAAGACGAGAGAUAGGUGUCUUGACAGCCAAUAAAAUGACAACGAGACAGUACAAAAUCAUAGCGCCAGCUAAUCCCGAAAAACCGAUAAAAUACGUGCGAAAAAGUAUUGAUUACAACACUCUGGAUGAGAUAGGGCAUGGGGUGAGGAGCAGUGGCACCCCCAGGAGUAAACAGAGAGGCGGAAGUCAAGGGAGUGUUCAGAGUUUGGGAGCAGUGUCGAGUGGAUCAGGAUUGGCAGCGGCCAUGGUCGGUCCAGCUCCCACAACAAAACCUCCAACGCCGCCACAAGCAGCUAGGACUGGAACCCUCAGCAAGGGCUCCAGAGAAUACAGAACACCACCAGCUGUGGCGCCUCCACAAGUCCCAAGUCAUUAUGCACCGAAUUAUCCACUUGGACAUCCUCGACGUGAACGUGGUCCUGGUUACAGUACUCUUCCACUCCAUGCUCACACAACUCAGCAUAACACACUUCCUCAUAACAGUCACAGUAAUAAUGUCACUGGGGUGCAACACACGUCGCCCCCACAAGUCGGAACUGUCCAUCCGUUACAGAGUCAUCCGCAAAUUCCGCCACCAGCUCCACCAAGUCUCACUGGGAAUAGUUCAUACUUGCAGGAGCAGCACAUUAGCAUGCCUCCUCCACCCUCGCCGUUAGUUGGAAUCGGUGACAUGGCGGAUUACACCGGACAUCAUACAUUACCGCACAGGUUCUCUCACCAAAUUAGCCGAAGCAGUGGUGCUGGUAGUCCUCCCUUGCCACCACCACCGCCCGAGCAAGACGAACAUUCGCAAUUUGGUAGACCCCAAGGUCACAUACAGGGUAGUGCUAUAAUGCCCAUUGUACCUGACGAGGAGGAUCUCCCUGGUUGGGUGCCCAAGAAUUACAUUGAAAAAGUCGUAGCAAUUUAUGACUACUACGCUGAUAAAGAGGACGAACUCAGCUUCCAGGAGAGCAGUGUCAUCUACGUCCUGAAGAAAAAUGACGAUGGAUGGUGGGAGGGGGUGAUGGAUGGUAUAACUGGGCUAUUUCCUGGUAAUUACGUCGAGCCGUGUGUUUGAAAUUCAGUUUGAAUUUAGAGUGAAAGGUGCUGAAGUUAAAUAUUAAUCAGCGAUUAAGUGCUAACAAGUGUAAAGUUACUAAGCUUUUACAUUGGCUCAUAAUGUUUAACAUCAUUAUCAAGAUAUUAACAAAACUUGAUAAAAAUAACCGCAUUCUACCAGAUAUCGUGUAUUUUGACACUGUUACGUAAGGGGAACUUGUACUCGAAAAAUUUUGUAAUAUAUAUCUCAUGUAGCAUUUUCAGGAUUAAAGUUGCAGCAAUGAAAAAUA